GCGAGGAGUUCCUCAGCAACACGACGUUUGACCACCACAGUGUGAUCGACGUGGACUGGAAAAUCUUCUACUUCUGGAAUUACGAGAAGGAAAACUCCUAUCACAUCAAAUUUAGCCUGGCGUCGGAGAUGCUGGUGGACAGGUUCAGGGUGGAGUUGGAGAAGGUGGACCCCAGCAUCGAGUGGAGGCGGGCGGUGCUGUUCAUGGAGAGCUCGAUAGACGUGAGCGCGCUCUACAUACAGACCGACACGCCUGGGAUGUACAGGCUCAUACCCACUUUGGCUUUCCAAGCUGAAAGUGUCCCCCCGAACCUGAUAUUCGCUUUGAAGCUGGUGGAACCUGGGUACCUGGGCAUCGUGAACUGUCAGUACCGCCUGUGCUACGCUCUGGCCCCCAUCGACAAACUACCGGACGAUGAUAAGUUAGAAGCCGAAGCAAAGAAGUUGGGUUUCUACGGGCACCACAACCGCUCCUACCUCAGCCAGUUCCACCGACCCCCCCUCUCCCCCUACCUGGAGGACGACAGUGAUGAUGAUGAGCAGGUCGAGAUAGACAACGACAUGAUGAUGCCCAAUGAGUUGUAA